GGCUAACUUGUAAGCUUUGGCGUCUGCUUCUGUCAGGCUGAAAAAUCACAACACACCGCCAUUUUGUGGUAAUUUGCUAAAUUUUGACUUUUUUAAGUCAGUAAACUGUAUCGGAAUCGAUUUUAACAUAUUAAUAAGGUUGCAACUACUAAACGUUAGAUGUCCGUUGGAAGUGGAGGCUUGGGGACUGUUUACUCACGUCUUCCUCAGUCCACCAGUGACGUUGAGACUUCUGAAGACGAGGUGAGCCAACAUGAAAACCUCAUCUUUUACCGUAAAAUGGGUACGCCCAAGAAGGGGAAUUUGAAGAAAGAAGAAAACUCUACUACCACAAUGAAGGAUUAUCAACCCUUAGGCCACGAAGGUGGCCCAGUGGAAAGUCAUGAAGUGCACAUCAAUGGUUUCAGCAACAUUAACUACAACUAUCCUCAUGGCACUGGAGGUCAUGGGGCAGAAGAAGAAACCAUGGUGUUGGGCACAAUAGGUGGAUCAGGAACAUCUGGUAAUAAAAAAGAGGGUGAAGGAAGGCACGGUAAUCUGCAAAUGCUGGCUGGCAACAGACAUCCAAUGUCUUUGAUGCGUCAAGUGGCAUUUGUCAUGUCUCUUUGUCUGUGUAUUUUCGUCAUUGUUGCCUUUCUGUGGGUUCUUCCCUGCAAUUGGUCUGCUUGUCCCAUCAUGCAAUAUGACAAGCAAGGUGGAAGCUCGUGGGAAAGAACUUUACACCGCCUAGAACUGAUUGGAGGAAUCAGUGUUGUACCAAGUGGCAAUGAACAGCACAACAACCUCUUAUUCAUGAUUCGGGGAGAAAUUAAUAUUCCUGACCGUGACAAAGAACAAGAAACAACUGUGUUUACAAAUCCAAUAAGAUUCGCUACCAGAAAAGAGGAACCGACCCCUAUUCCAGCUAGUGGUGGUGGUCUUGUUGCUUUGAUGGGUUCUACAGGCACUGUGGUGUGGUAUAAGACUCUUCAUUCAGUUCCAAGAGACAUGGACUGUUCCCUUAUUGAUUUAGAUGCGGAUGGGAAAACAGACUGUCUGUUGAUUGGCUCCAAUGAUCUCAUGUAUGCCUUUAAUCCAGUGUCUCCUACUACAAUUUGGUUCCUUCAUGCGGAAAAAGAAACUGACUACAUUCCAUCUGAUAUGGAGUUUCCUCUCAUAUUACCUGACAUUGAUGAAGAUGGUAUACUUGAUCUAGCUAUAGCUUGUAGAAUGCUCAAACGGGAGUUCACAAAUACCUCUGACAAAACUCCAUCGAUUUCAUCAAAGACACCCCACAAUCGCAUUGCUAUUGUGUCUGGAAAAACUGGAAAACUCAUAGGCAAAGCAUUUGUUGAUGGAGCAUGUCAAACUGUUUAUAAGUUGGCUGUGGAUAAAGAUUGGUUUAUAACAUAUAGAUGUGUGGACAACAGAGGAAAAGAGUCUGUGAAAGAUAUUGCCUUGAAUAUCCUUUACAGAAAUGUAACUGGAAAUCACUCAUCUGUGGCUCCUGUUGAUUAUGGCAAACAUCUCGGUGGUGGGCCUUCUUUGAGACAACAUAUUUUCUCUCAAAAUUAUGGUCCCCCCGAUCCUAUUUUAGGAAAUGGUGAACCACAGCUUCAGAAUAAUAAACCAACAACAUUCUCAGUCCGUGGGAAAAAAUUGACAAUACUAAAUACAGGUCAUUGUCCUGAUGAUUGCACAGCUUCUGCCCGAGUAUUUGAUGAAAAGAAGGGUCUAAACAAUUCUAUUUGGAGUGAUGGAGGGAAUAAGAUGUAUGCUCUACGUCCCGCAAUAUUACUUUUUAAUUCACAAGUGUCUGCUGUUGCUUCAAAUGAAAAGUUUGAUCGAACAAGCUCAGAUUUCAGUUUAGGCCCAGUGAGUGGUUUUGCUGUGAAAUUUUGGCAUUGGACUAGUUGUGAAAAAACAUCUGUAUGGUCAACUCAACGAAAGCAACUAAAGAGAAUGAUAAAAGAUAAAGAUUGGGGUGGUAUUUUACAACCAAAUGAUCACUGGCAUGAUGGUACCUCAGAACAAAAACCACCAGAAUACAUUGAAUCUCGAGAAUCUCGCAUUGGUAGCACUGGAAUAAAUACAACCACGAAGAGUCUCAGCAGAAAUGCAAGCACUGUUACAGUAACAUAUCAUCCAAAAGAAGUGUAUAGUGCAUUUUGCUUGAAAGAGCGAAUUGUUCUUGUUACUUUUAAUGAUACUGAUAUGCACCUUGUCAAUGCUAGUGAAAGUGAAAUCAAACAAUUAUGUUCAAAUGCUGGGUGCCAGCCAAGUCUACCAUAUCAGGAGCAGUCAUUGAUUAUUGCUGACCUGGAUGGAGAUGGCUCUAAGGAACUUGUUUCAUAUUUAACAACAUACGAAACUGAAGAGGAUGGAAAACCCCCAGGGUCAGAUCGCCUCAUACUUGUGUCUAAAGUACGAGUUGUGCGUCUAGAGGCUGAACUACCCAAGCUCUAUGAAGCUGUCACCCAUUUAUAGGUCAAAGGAUCUCACUCAUAGAAACUUUGAAAUAUGUUUAAGUACUUUGUAACAUUUUGAUGUACCAAUUGAAAUGUCAAUACUCUCAUCCUUAUUUCCUUCAAAGAAACCACUCCAGUACUUUAAGAUAUUGUAAACUUAACAUUAAUUUAUUUCAUCUCUUUGAUAAUUGAUAAUGAUUGAAUGAGAGUUCUUGCACCUCCGACCACUCUCAUCUUACAACGAUUUGUAGAUAAUUUAUCCAUUGCACUGAUAUAUCUAUUAUUGAAAGGUAAUUGCAAUACGUUUUGAUUAUGUUGUACUUUUUUUUUCAGAUUAAGUAUAACAGUUUGUGAGGAAGUUUCUUGCAUGUUUUACAUCUUUUCACUCGACAGACUAUAGCAAGUGCAUACUUAUUAGUUAUUUAAUCCUUGUACUUUGAACAACAGCAAGACAAACUGUUUUUGUUUUAAGACUUAACUGUGAUUGAUAAAAACUGAAGGAGAGGUAAAAAUGUAUGUAUGAGGAUUUUUCUCUUACGCGAUAGUUUAGCUUUUUCUCUGAUAUUAUUUUUUAAAUCUAGUCUUGAUUGAUUUCAUGAUUUAUCAGUAUUUCAGGCUGUACCAACUACCUAAUUUAGUUCUGUUAUCAAUUCAGAAGCCCAGGUAGUGACUUAUUAGUAGUUAUUAUUACUGACAUAUCUUUUCUAGUCACUUAAAAUAAAUACUUGUUCCUUUUAAGUUUUACCCAAUAUGUGGAUAUGGUCUUACAUAUAAGUUUUAUUAGUUUGGUAGGAAAUUUGAUACAAUGUUGGAGAAGGAUGGCAAUCAAAUAUAAAUGAGUGUUUGUUACUUUUACUGGGAAUUAAUACUCUAACCACAAUGGUGGUGUAUUAGCAUUCUAGACCUUUCCUCAAAGGCUGCUUUGCUGUUUCCAUGCCUUGCAUGCAUCUGUGAUGUUCACUGAGUUAUAUAAUAAUUCCUAUGUCAUUCUAGACACAAAUUAUUUUAAAUUGUACAUUCAUAUUGCUUUGUUUGAUAAACUGCAAGUUUUUCUACAUCCAGUACUUUUUUAAGAUAAAAAAAAAUCAUGCUCUCUAGUCAUUAAAACCUGUUUUACAUUUAAGAGUUUGUUAUGUAGUUUUCAAUAAAAGCUUUGAUUUCCUUGCAACAAUCCACAAAA